AUGCAAGCCUCCGCCAUCAACUUCACCGUCGUUCUGGGCCUUCUGCUGAUCCUGCUGCUGAUUCUGGCGGGCGUGAUUUUUAUGGUGUGCAGGCAGAGUCAGGUGGACGACGUUUUCCCGAAGAGUUCGUUGGUGGAUAAGCAACGGAAUUCGUCGGCGUCCAUUCAAAGUCUUCAAAUCUCAAGCGGCAUGGAUAAGAUGGGUACGAAAUUAAGUUCGAUUUUUUUUUAAAAUUCUGCAGGAAAAGGCUACCCAAUAAUUUAUGGGGGUGUCAAAAUAUUCAGAGUAUAUGCUGGGGAAGCGUACCGUUCAAAAAAAUUUUUUGUAAGGUUCUUGCACAGUGCAAUUUCGUAAAAUUUUUUUAUUAAAAAAGUGUCAUGAAACUUGCCACAAAUGUAGUAUGCUAUUGGUUAGGACGCACAAGUCAGUUUUAGCUCAUGCCAAUGUAAACAACGGGGAUUUUUAGGAAAAAUAAGCAAAAACCAAAAAAAAAUUUUUUUCAACUCUAGCCUUGAAAAAACCAAUAUGUAUUAGAAGACGGAAAUACAAUAUUUCUCCACGAAAGAACAAUUUUCGCCAUGCGAAACACGGAAAGCAGUAUGCGAGAACUAUGUUUUGUCUGACCCUCUCUCCUCAUUUUAGCUGCUCCCUCGCAAAAAGGAUUGUUUCCUCAAGGCUGCGCUGACAAGUGGGGGCUAAAAUUUACUGGAAUUACAGUGGGGGACCUUAUCCAGUUUUUCAAAAAACGUGCCAUUUUGCAACCGGGAAGCAUCAAAAAUGUGGCAAAAUGCUUCCCUCUCCAAUUGAAAAACUCGGAUUUCAAAAGCGCGCCCGCUCUUUUUGUGAGGGCCCUUCAAAACCAAGUUUUUUUCUCUUGGAGAGUGAAGCAUUAUGCCACAUUUCGGAUACUUCCCGGAUGCAAAAUGAUACGUUUUUUGCCAAUGGAUCAGGUCCCCCACUGUAGAAUGCGGCCUGGACAAAAUAUAUAAGCCAAGUUUGAAGAAAAUCGAAAAGUUUCACAAUCCUUUAAAAAUGAAAAAUAAAAAAAAAAUCUUUUUUGCCCAUUUCAAAAAAUUAUCUUUUUUAGAUUCGUCCUCCCCGUUUCCGAACGUGCCGAAGAUAAUUGUAACGACAGCGUCGUUGCGAGAGAAACGUAUCUAA